UCUGGCUGCUAUGUAAAAUGCGCGCACGCAUGUGCUGCUUUGUGAAAUCGUGCAUUAUAUUUUUUAAUAAUUACUAUAUGCAAUAAAAACAUUAUUAUUAUUUUUUUAUUGCUUAUUCUAUAUAUAUUACUUCACAUUUCUUUGUAACUGUGUUAUAUGUUAAGCCGGAAUUGAUUUGAAAAAAUGUCUAAUGUGCCUUUGGUUCGUCGCGCGAUUGCUGGUGCAACAUUUGCUCAAACCUCCACUUCGAUUGACGUCCCUUCAAUGAAUCCUGAAGGCGACCAUUGGGCCCCAGCUGCUUUAGAACGAGCUGGCUCAACAUUAAAGGCUCUCCAUCGUAUGGCAAAACGUCCCCCAGUUCACAUCAUAUUCGAAGAUGUCGGAUACACAGUUAACGCAAGCGAAGGUGAGAGGACAAUUCUUCACAACGUAUCAGGUGAGUUUCGGUCUGGGGAGCUGACUUGCAUACUUGGACCCUCAGGAGCUGGAAAAUCCACUUUGCUGAACAUCCUCGCUGGGUAUACAUUGUCCGGUGUCAAUGGUAGAAUAACCGUGAACGGUCAAGCUAGGGAUAUGAGGGUGUUUAAAAAACUCAGCAGCUACAUCAUGCAGGAUGACAUAUUGCAGCCAAGGCUGACAGUCAACGAAUCAUUGAAGAUAGCUGCGGAGCUUAAACUGGGUUCAGAACUAGGGAAAGCUGAAAAGGCACUCGUGGUGGAGGAAAUUCUACAAACUUUGGGACUAUGGGAUCAUAGAGACACCAUGUCACAAAGUCUCUCUGGAGGACAAUCGAAACGUCUGUCAAUUGCCUUGGAACUGGUCAACAAUCCACCGAUUAUAUUCCUCGAUGAACCCACAACCGGUCUAGAUAUAGUAUCUGUUCGUCAGUUGGUAGUCCUGCUUCGUCUCCUCUCACGUCAAGGCCGAACUAUCAUUUGUACGAUCCACCAACCGUCAGCAUCGCUGUUUUCACUAUUCGACCGAGUCUACGUUUUAUCCCGCGGACUGUGCUGUUAUCAGGGCGCAGCGCCUCUUCUUGUGCCAUAUCUGGCUGAAGUCGGUCAUGUUUGUCCAAAAACGCAUAACCCAGCAGAUUUUGUGCUGGAAACUCUAGUUGGUAAUGUGGAUACGGCAGCACAAAUGUCGGAAUUAUGCCAAAAUGGGAAGCUCUGUAGGAAUGUAAAUAAAAUGACAAGGGAUGGGAGAAAACCGGAGUUACGUUCGUAUGAAUCAAUUCAAAGAAUAUUUACAGAGCACGUGGCGAAAGAACAACUGCAGAAAAUGAAUUUUCCAACAUCAUUCACGACACAGUUUCUGAUUUUAGUUAAGAGAAUGUUUUUACAGAUGAGCAGGAAUUCGCUUAGUCUAUGGAUACAACUGCUCCAUCAUGUGAUUGGAGCUCUGCUAACGGGCGGGAUAUUCUUUCUCAUCGGAAACGAUGGCAACCAGCCCAUCGCCAAUUUCAAAUUCUGUAUCAGCUGUGUUGUAUUCUUCAUGUACACGUACCUUAUGAUUCCUAUAUUGUUGUUUCCAACGGAAUUAAGGAUGCUUCGUCGAGAGUACUUUAACUGUUGGUACAGCUUGAAAGCCUAUUACGCAGCUUUGACACUAUCUACAAUACCAUUGCUAAUAAUCCUGGGUACUUUAUUUAUAGUCAUCUGUUACACCAUGUCAGGGCAAAUUUUUGAGUUCGAGCGCUUCGUGCUAUUCACAAUCACGGGGCUUUUAACUGGAAUAUGUUCUGAAGGCUUCGGCUUACUGAUCGGAUCCACAUUUAACGUAACCAACGGUUCCAUCGUUGGACCAGCGACUGUUUCUCCACUUCUAGCCCUAUGUUGUUACGGCCUGGGUUUUGGAUCUCAUAUAGAAACCUUCAUGAAAUUUCUAAUGUCGUUAUCUUAUUUACGUUAUUCAUUAAAUGGAUUCUGUUUAGCUUUGUAUCAGAUGCGUCCUGCUUUGAAUUGUGAUACUGAUUUUUGUUUGUACGCUGAUUCCAAAAUACUUUUAAGGGAUUUGGGGAUGAUUGAUCACACUUACAGCACACAGAUGAUUUGUUUACUAGUUUUUACGAUCGUUCACAGAUUUUUUGCAUAUUUCGCAUUAAAAUACAGUCUUAGAGAGGAGUUUACAAGCAAAUUCAUGACUUAUGUUAGUAAAUUUUUAAAACAUAGAUAAUAAAACGUGUAUAAAUUUUUUUGGAGCAAAAAAUUUCCAUAAGCAAGAUUUAAUAUAAUAUCCUUUACUUUACUAACUAAUGUAUAUCAAACACAACUAAUUCUCAAUAUUAGUAGGUAUAAGAAAUUAACUUUGUAAAAAUAUAAUUAGCAGAGCCGAAUCCUGGCUCCGUCUGGGAAACUUAUAAGAUUCGUUUUAAAAAAAUAUUUAUAUAGAAGGUUAAUAAUUUAAUCCAUUAUUUUCAAACAAUCUGUAUGUACCAAAUUGAAUUAUAUUUAAAAUAUCAUGAUUUUUAUUAUUUACACGUAAAUGAUUUUCUAAAUAAACUUCAGUUAAUAAAUUGUUUGAUACACAUUAAAUACCUAAGUAAGAUUAAAAUUUAAUUUUAACAAAUAAUUUUUAAAUAAAUAAAUGUGGUCCAAUACGAUAUAAAAGUCACGUGAUGUAAAACGUGAUGUGAUUGGUCUGACGUCAUUGUGCAUAUUAUUUCGUUUUUAUAAAAACUUUCUGUGAGAGGAUUGGCGCGAACAAAUUGGAUUGGAAUAUGCACAUUGACGUCACGUGCCCAAGAGGGAGCUACCUAUUCGUUUAAAUUAAAAAAAAAAUGUUAAAUAGUUUAAAUGUUAUGAAUCAAAAAAAAAUAUGCCAAAAAUUAAAAAAAAAAGUAAUAAAGUUAUAAGACAACUAUUUAAUGGAUUGAAAAAUCAUGCAAAUACCCAAUUAUAAUUUGGUUCGUUUUAAUAAUUGUUAUUAAUUACCCAUCCAUUACAAUAUUAGAUGUUAGUAAUAAUUGUUUUUAUAAAGUAUAGGUUAUCCAACAUAAACCUGAGUUUACCAAAGGUCAAAUAAUGUGGACUUGCCCCAUUUCCUUCAGCAUUACAAUUUUUUACAGCAGCGGCGAUAACACACAUAUCCCUUAGUUUUUCUAGCAUGCUUGCUUAUUGUUAAACAUUUAAAAAUAAUAUUAUUGAUAAUAUAUUUGAACCUGAUGACCUAAAGAUACUUAAGACGACAAAUUAAUAAUGAUGAUAAUGAUAAUUCUUAUAAACAAUUCUACACAAUACGAUCUUGCGUAACCAUAUUAAUUUUAACGUAAAUAUGUUAUAUUUUGGAGUUAUCAAAAUAUAAAAUCAAAUACAAGAGUUUUAUUUAGAA